CGAGAGACCGCCGAACGGUGUGGAUGUGCGUCGUCUUCCGUCGCCGGGUUCCGUCGUUUUUUCCUCUGUCAGUGCGUCGGGCGCGCGCGCUCGUUUCGUGGGGUGAAAAUAACAAUACAAGCACGCACACAUUUGCAAAACACGUUUCGUGGUGUGAAGACACGUGUGUGGAAUAAAAACAUAAACACGCACACACACACAGACGCGUGUGCGUGUGUGGAUAAUUUGCUUGCAUUAUUUGAGCUCUCAGUCUGGCUAGUUUUUUUCUGAAUUGAAGAAUGAGAACAAGGGAGGAAAGAGAGUAAAAGGUGAAAGUGUGAGUGAGAGAGGUGAUAAGAAGGAAUAACAUCACUUUUUGAAUGUUUUUUGGGGUGAGAAAGGCUUGGGGGAGCUGAUAGGGGGGUUGAUCUAUCAGAAGCUAAGCGGUGAAGGUGGUUUUCCGAGUGGAGAAGAAGAAGAAGAAGGAGGAAAGGAAAUUUGAGAAUAAAACGAAGAAGCAGCGACAGAUUUGGGAGCUUGUCGUGGGAGAGAGGAGUGAGAGAGUCAGUCUCUUCUUCGGAAGCUGGGGCCGGUUGGCGAAGAAGGUCGUUUUGCCGAAAAAGAAAUGAAUGGGCCUCGCAUGUAUUAAAGGGGCAGGAGAACCGAUUUUCGACUUGGCUUAGUUUGCUGGGCUGAGCUGGGUGGAGAGAGAGAGUGUUCAAUUAUUGUGAAUAUUGCACACACUUCAAUACUCGCAUAUGCUGCCGCUAAGCGCGAUAUGGAAAUGAGCUGGUGUGCGUUGCCGAUUCAUAGAAAAAUAAGUUUUCAUUGAGAGAGAGUGUGAAAAAGAGCAAUCGAAGAGUGUGCGAGUUGUGUAUUUUGAUACAGUAAUUAAUUGGAGUGUGAAGAAGAAAAAUAAGGCAUGCAUUUUGCUUAUUUUUUUGCUGUCAACCAAAUCCAAGCAGGCACCGUGUUAGUGUGAGUGGCAAUUCACCGUGUGACAGAUUGCGUGUUUUGCAUUCUAAAAUAAAUAAAAUUAAUUUUACUUCAAUUUAAAAAAGAAGAAAAAUAAUAUAAAGUUGCAAAGUGAAGUGAAAACCCGAAAAAAUACAUCAAAAAGUAGUGAAACGAAGAAGAUAAAGCAGUCAAAUCGAACGAGAGAAGAUAGCGGGCAGAAGAAGGAGAAGGCAAAAAAAAGAGGAAGCAACAGGAAGAGAGUGAGGGGACGCCCUUUAGCCACUCUCCCGCCUGUCACCGCCGCCACCUUCGUUUCGUGCCGUCGUCGUCACUACUUUCGCCGUCGUUGCUUUUGUUGCGGCGUUUUAUUUUCGUGCAUUAUUUUUCGUCGACGGCGAGUGCAGUUUCAUUGUUGUUGUCGUGUCGCGUCAAACCGCGACGACAAAAAGGAUUAAAACCGUCGCACUCGUUAAAAUAAACGCGCGAUUAUGGAUAUCAAGGUCGUCGGCGUGGCAUGCGGUUACAAGGGCCCGUACACGUUCUACAAGGGUGUCAAGAUCACCUUCGCCGCCGGAUCGGAGUCAACCUCAUCGGCGUCGUCCUCGUCAGCGUCCACACCAGCACCCCCAACAGCACCACCACCUUCCGCAACCGGCACUGGAACCUGCUCCACGAGCUCUUCAUCCACCUCCACCUCACCGGUUCCGUCGACGAGGCCUGGCACGCCACCGUCCACCACUGCCGGAACAACUGCCGUGCAAUCCGACGAACUUGCGGCGUCGACGACGACGGGCGAAGAUCCUAGCAUUAGCAACAGUAGCAGCAGUUGUAGUUCCAGCAACAACAAUAACAACAACAACAGCAGUAGUAGUAGUAAGGGGCAAAACGCAAAGCCAAAACAGACGCAACGAAAAUGUGUCAGUGAAAAUAACAGCACUGCCAGCAGCGGGACGGCCGUGGCCACGACCGGGGUGACCGGUGAGGACGGUGGUGGUGGUGGUGUGAAUAAUUUAUGUAAUGCCACAACAGCUACGGCGGAAAAAGACUGCCUCCGGCCGCUGGUGCUAGCGCUGGGCGACUGCUUCCCGGUGCGGCCCUGGUCCGACUCACCGAUUGCGUGCCUCGCCGAGCUGCGGAUGGUGUGGAAGGACCGCAACGAGCAGUGCCUGCUGAUCGCCCUCCGGCUCUUCUUCCUGCCCGAGAACACCCCGGCCGGCCGGAACUGCCACGGCGAGGACGAAGUGCUCGCCAUCUCGGACAAGGUGAUUGUGCGGGCGGACGACCUGCUCGGCUGGAUCGCGGCGGACCUCGAGUGGAACUGGGGCCUGCGGACGACGUACGACGAGGAGAGCGCCCGGGACGUGAUGACGACGACGCGCCACCUCAGCAAGCACUCCUCGCUGGACUUUGCCGACGUGGACAAGGAGAAGCACGCCGCGGAAAACGUGGCGUCCAAAGUGGCGGUGCUGAGCUUUUCCCGCUACUGCCGGUACCGGGCCGUCCAAAAGCGUCUCGAGGUGGUCCACGAUGACUGGCUGCGGAACAAACUGGUGGAGACGCUCAGCGGCUUUGUGGCCACCACGCCCAACACCCGCGUCAUGUUCUGCAAGGACACCUUCGACUGUCCGGAGCUGGAAACGCACGAGCUGCUGUGCAACCACCUGGCGCCGAAGCUCAAGGGCCGACCCCGGGGCAAGCGGAAGAAGACCCUGUCCGAUUCGUCGUCGUCGCAGUUUGUCAAAAAGGAGGGCGCCAACUCGGAGGAGAGCGAGUCGAACGAUUCGGACGCGUCGGACUACUCGUACAGCAAGGUCUCCCCAUCGAAAAAGGUCAACCUGCAAACCACUCCCCGCUACAACCCCCGUCCAGCUCGGGCAUCCGGUGGAUCGGCGGGUAAGGGGGCGGUCGAUCCGAUUGCAAUCCCUGUGGACCCACUGCCUCCACCGCCCGUCAAGCAGAAGCAUGCCAAGGGCAAGCAGACGCCGCCCCAACCCACGGCUGGUACGGCCGGCAAGGUACGCGGUCGCAAGGGACGACCGGGCCGCAAGCCGAAGGGCUUCAACCGGAAGGCGGACGAAAGCGAAGCGGGCGAGGAAACCGAGGACACCGAGCUGGGCACUUCCGUCGGGGACGAGGGGGACGUGGAGAAGAUGGAGGGCGAGUAUGCGUUCGACGAGGAGGACGAGCAGCGUGACGCGGAACGGCCGAGCAGUCUGUUCCAGGUGAGCGACGGGAUGGCGCCGGAUCAGCGGGACUUUUUGCAGCGGUUGCAGGAGUUUUUGGACCCGAAAGCGCUGGCGUAUGCGAAUAAUCAGGUGGCUUCGUUGAGGGGAGUCAACCUUUACCUCAUCUACACGCGCGUGUUGAACGCCGGUGGCUACGCAGAACUCACCACCCGCGAUCAGUGGACGACGCUGCUGGAGGGCACCGGUGGCGAGAAUGGCGCCAUGACCAAGCGUCGGUACGAGCGAAUUCUGCUACCGUACGAACGGCACCAGCGAGCGAUCGCCGAAGCUGUGAAGAAGGAGAUCGAGGAGGAGGAACGUGAGGGUGAGACCGGCCACGAGAGUCAGAUAUCGCCAACGGAUGGUGGGGUGGUGGAGGUUAAGGUGGAGAAGGUGGAAAAGCGGGAGGAGCAGGAAGAUGUUAAGGUGAAGAUCGAGUGCAAGGAAGAUGAGGUGGUGGCGUCGGUUGAGGUCAAGAAGGAGUUUGAGAAGGACGCAGGUGGGGCGUUGGAUUUGUCAAAGGACGAUUCCGUGGAAGUACAAAGUAAGGGGAAGGCGAUAUCUCCGCUGUUGGAGAAUAACAGCAGUAAUGGUAGCGUUGGGGUGACCGGGAGUCCGAACGCCUCGGUGCACUUGGGAAUGUCGCCGGUGUCGGUGCCGUUGACGGUGAUUGUUCGGCCGAACAUUGACGAGAAGGACCCGUCGUCGUCGUCGCAGAUCCAGAUCAAUCAGCCGCACACGACGAUUACGGUGCACCAGACGACGAUCCACCCGCAGGGCAAUCAGCAGGCGAACAGUCAGCAGAUCAGCGGACAAAGUCCGCAGCACAUUACGAAUCAGAUUCAGAUCACGAACCAGAUCCAGAUCCAGCAGAUUACGGUGCAGUCGAGCGACAAGGGAGCGAACGGAGGGGAGAGUCCGCAGUUCAAGUACAGCUUCAAGCAGGACAAAUCCGGGCAGGAGAUCAACAUCGAAUCGCCGUCGGCGUCGGAGAACUCGAAGGGAUCGUCGGUCAACUUUGAGAACAACAUCAGCGCGACGCUGUUCCCGCUGAGUCGACCUGCCGAUCCGGAUUUGACCAUCAAGGAGGUUUCCGUUUGCCCAACGAGUGGAACCGUUUCAAUCAGCACGGCCAGUACGAAUCCACCGGCGCCGGUGGCUUCCAAGACGUCUUCGUUGCGACACGUUCGCAUGAAGGCCGAUCGCAAGUCGUCCUCGACGACGGGAAGUGUGCCAAACAUCGCGGCAGCGGCUGCAGCCACCUCCAGUUCCAACAAACCUUUCGAAAAGGAGAACAUUCCGAUGAUGGCGGGCAGCGCCGCUGCCGCCAGUCUGUUUGGCGAUCAGAACCUCACCACGAUCACGCCGAUUGCUUCGAGUUUGCUGAACAGUGCGGUCGGCGCUGCGGCGCUGGCAAGUCUUGCUUCCAGCUACGCUGGACUGACCGGAUCCGUCGGCGAGGGCAACACGCCUAAGGUUCUUCCCGCACCAACCGAGGUGAUCGACCUGGUGGACAGUGACAACGAUGACGAAGAGGACGCUGCGGUGGCGACCGCCGCGGCCAAACAGGCCGGCCUGUCGAUCCGACCGAUUCCUUCGCUGCUGCCGCCGAUGAAGAAACGCAAGCUGGAUAUUCUUCGUGAAGGUGGUCUGGAGGUGACUCCGAUCUCCAACGGGGCGAGCAUCUUCUCCGCCAUUACGCAGCACAGCCCGAAGGCGAGUCCGAACCCUAUGCGGAUCAACAUCACGGCGGAGGUUAGUCCGCAGCGUAAGAGUGGCGGAGGUGGAGGUGGUGCCGAUCGCAAGUACAUUCCCACCCCGCUGGACUGCCAGACGCAGGGAAUGUACGCCAAGACGGGACAGAUCUUUGGCGAUCCGAAGGCAAUGGGCCUUCCAAGCAACAGCAUGCCGGUGAAGCCUGCGGCGGCUGCGCCGCCCACCGACUUGCUUGACCUGACUGGAUGUCGAAGUGGCAACAUGAUCCCAAUGGGACUGGACUUUACGCCGUCGAACUCGAGGCAGCGGGCUCAGCCCGCGAGUCGCGUGCCUCGGACGGCACCAAGUUUGCAGAUUACACUGGUUCACGCGCCGAAUCAGCAGCAGGCUCCUCCGCAGCCUCAACACCAGCAAUCUGCUGGAAACUCCCGCAAGAAACCGUUCGAAAUCGUGCCAUUAUCUGCCGCCAGCGGCACGCCGCCGAAAGACCCCAGUCCGCAGAUCUCCCUAGGACCGUCUUCUUCAAGCUCUUCGGCGUCCAGUUCCAACGGAACCGCCGGUACCAACCCCAACUCAUUGCUCGAGACAGGCCUGCUGCUGGCGAACCUGCAGAAAGUCAACCCACUGCUCGUGGCCAGCAUCCUUUCCUCCUCCGGCCUCUCCAAGACCUCCAUCCCAGGCCUGACCCAACUCCUCGGACAACUCACCGAGCAACCUCCGGUCGCACCCAAGAAAAACACCCGCCGAAGGUCCAACUCACAAGCUCAACAGGCUCAGCUAUCGCAACCCCCUCCACUCAUCCCAACUCCCCAAUUCUCGAUGCCCUCCCCGCAGCAUCCACCCCCCUCCGAAUCCCCCUCUCUCAGCCAGCAAAUCAAACUGCUGCAGCAGGUCCAGCUCCAGCAGCAGCAAAAGGCCGCCGCCGCCCACGAGCAGCAGCAAAAAGCAGCCGCUGCUGCGGCGGCCGCCGAACAAAAGCGCCUCCAAGAGCAGAAGCAAAAGCAGCAACAGCUGCAAAUGCUUCAGCAACUCCAGCAGCAGUCAACCCGCGUCGCGUCCAACUCUUCGGCGACCUCGUCGUCGCCGGCGUCGACGUCCUCCGCGCCACCCAACACGCAGCAAGCCGCCUUCCCCUUCGACCCGCUCUACCUGUCGGCGAUCUACGCGAACCCGAGCCUCUACCUGCAAGCGCUCAGCCCCGAUCAGCUGUUGGCGUUCUACAAAAAUCUGCCCAACAUGGCGGGAGGAGGUGGUGGCGGGGCGACGAUGCCACCCACCAGCAAGAGCUAGCUGCGCUAAGUUCGCGGGGCAGUCCAAUACUAACGCUAAACUUAGUAACGUCAGUCACAGUCAUGGAUAUACGUAUAAUAUCGGUUUUUGAGGAAUAAACAAAAAAAAUACGAAGUGUGUUGUAGCAAAGCAGAACAAAGUAGCAAAAACACAGGAAGCGUUUGAUUUUUAGUACUGUUAGUGUGUAAGAGGUCGAGCGCCGCGCCGGCCGAAUAGAAAAGAGAGUGGGGACACAAAUUAGUGUGUACUUUGUUUUUGUUUAGUUUUAAAAACAUUAGUUUAUUUUUCCUUUGCUCGCCUUCCGGGCGAGCUGCAUGGUCGAGAAUUUGAAGUUGUUUUUUUUUCUUGCGCGAUGGUUAGAAUAAUUUAGAAUUCAGGAAAGACCCCAUCCCCCCCCCCUCCCCCCAUUUCUAGUAAUAAGCUAGAUUACUAUUACACUAUCUGUAUGUAUGGAGAUUUGGAAGCAAACAAAUGAAUUGGUUUCGCUAUUGAUGUUUUGUAUCAUUCAAAACGGUGUUUUUAAUUGAGUGUGAAAGAAAGUCCUUUGUAGGCCGCAUGUCCUGGAAUACAGGAGUGUAGCCAGCUUGGUUCGUCAUCUUCAUUUUCUCCAUUCGAUUCAAAAAUUUUAGCAAUUUUUCGUAAUACUUUCAGCAGUGACACUCAUGUUUAAUUGUUGAAGCGGUGCAAUGCAUUAUUAUUAUUUAAAAAAAAAAACAUAAAAAAUCCAGGCAAAUCGUACGCUUCUCUAACACGGACGUGAGCAUUGAAUACCUUGAUUUAUAAUUGACGUCAUUAAGCAUCAACUCAGUUUAGCUAACUAAAUUUAUAUCAAUUAAAUUUAUGUUAGGACAACUUACAUACACAAUUAUAUAAAUUCCUAUUCCGAUUUUGUGUGUGGCAAACAAUUGCUUUGAAGUUCAUUUUCACUGAAUUUGUUCGUUCUGGCUUGAUUUUUCUCUUUAAUCAUGUCCAUUUCCAACGAUUUGAGUAUGUUUCAGGUGCUUUUUUGUUGUUUUUUCAAAAAUAUUGAUGAAUCGUUCAACCAUCGAACUCAAACCAACACUUCGCUGGUUCCAUGCGCCAUCAAUAAUUACUGAUUUACACAAGAAACAAUUCAAGCUUAUCUGACCAUUUUUUCCAGAACUUAAGUUUCGUCUAGUGCUCAAAAUAUCUUCAGGACCUUUUGCGGCCGUCAUCGAACACCCAAAAUCGCCACUGUAAUGGAUUUUCAAACCGAUGUCUGCAAACAUUGCUUUCUUCCAUUUCGUAAAUACAAUUCUGUGAAGCUAAAUAAAGUUCAACAAAAAACAUACAAUUUUGGUUGCAAUACAUAAAAUUCA